AUGUGUGAAUCCUCUGUGGCGGUUCUUCUUGACUUUGACUGGAAGGCGUCGUAUGUUCUCGCUACAGACCGCCUCUCGACUGCUCCCAUCCGUAAUCUGACGGUAAACACUGUUGCCAUACAAACAGCCGCAGAGGACGAAAAAGAGGGCCGUGGUGGAUGGGGCAUACCGCUGUUGCAACUUCUUGUAGAUGUUGCCCGGGUGGCUCCUGUCGGUAAGGCCGCCGGGCUUUGUCCACAGGUCCCCACACUCGCGUCUGCGAAUGUGCAGCUCCUUGCCACCGACAGCACCAAACUGCCGUCAGUUGAUGUGGAGCGCCCAUCCACAUAUACGCUUCUUCCCAAUGAUCGUUUGUUAUUGGAACUGAAUGGUGAUGACCUCGAUGCGCUGAUAGCCUCUCUGCAUACGGCUGUUGAUAGGAUGCCAAGUUAA